AUGGCGGCUACGGGGACGACGGCGGUCGAUGAGGCCCAGCUGGGCUCGACAUCGGUCUUGGACAACAUUCCGGAUGGUGGGACGGAGGUGUUGGCGCCCAGUGCGACGCUCGAGGUCGAGCGACCCAUCAACCCAAACUUCAUGUCCUACCUCGAGGACGACGUGCGCCGGCUGGCCGAUGACAUGAGCCGCCUAUACGGCGGCCUCAAAACCAACCUUCGUGCCGUCACGACACUGUCGGUCAAGUAUGCCGAGGAGCAUCAGAGUGGGCUUCGGGAAGUUGUCGCGGCCUCGGCUGAGCAACGGGCCGAGCUUGACGGCCUCAUGAGCCAGUACGCACGCGUCAUCUCAAAACAACGAGCCAGGAGCACCCACGACCAUGCGCACACGUCGCUCCACCUUGCCGCUACUGACACCGACGUGCGACGCAACGACUGUUUGUUAGGGCGGAGGAGAUUGAUACGCUGA